CUCUCCAUCAAGAAGGAGGAAGGGGGGGUGGAAAAAAAAGCCACCCCUCAAGUCUUACUUUCAAGGCACACUUAGUCUCAACUAGGGAAACCAACACAACCAGAAAUGAUCUUUCCUCUCACUCCUUGACGUCUCGCUCCUCAUUGGCCCCGGCUCGGUCAGCUGACUUUGUCAUUUUGUCUGUCCGGGAGUGGAGCCGUCGCUAUAACCAUCUAGUUCCGAGUCCAAACUGGAGACCGAAAUAAAUAUUAAAAGAAAUCCUAGCCCGGGCCAGGUAAAGAGGGAAAGAUGAAUUCGUAUUUCACCAACCCCCCUCUGUCCUGCCAUCUCGCCGCCAGUCAAGACGCGCUUCCAAACGUGGCUCUCAACAGCAGCGCCUACGACCCCGUGAGACACUUCUCUGCCUACGGGGCUGCCGUCGCCCAGAACCGGAUUUAUUCGCCCCCCUUUUAUUCCCCCCAAGACAACGUCGUGUUCGGCUCCGGCCGGGGGCCCUACGAGUACGGAUCUAACUCCUUUUACCAGGAGAAAGACGUUCUGUCGAACUGCCGACAGAGCACCCUGGGACACAACUCACAGAACUCAAUCACUCAGGAUUUUAGCAGCGAGCAGACGAGAACGACCGGCCAGGAUCAGAAAGCCAGUAUCCAGAUCUACCCUUGGAUGCAGCGAAUGAAUUCGCACAGUGUUUGCUUUGUUUCCGAUUCCGUAGGAGUCGGCUACGGGGCGGACAGGAGACGGGGUCGCCAGAUUUACUCUCGCUACCAGACCCUGGAGCUGGAGAAGGAGUUUCACUUCAACCGCUACCUGACCCGGCGGCGCCGCAUCGAGAUCGCGAACGCCCUGUGUCUGACCGAGAGGCAGAUUAAGAUCUGGUUCCAGAACCGGCGGAUGAAGUGGAAAAAGGAAUCCAAUCUCACGUCUACGCUGUCGGGGGGAGGUGGCGGGGCGGCCGCGGACAGCUUGGCCGGCAAAGAGGAGAAAAGAGAAGAGACAGAAGAAGAAAAGCAAAAAGAGUGAAAAAAAAAACUGAA